AUGAAAAGCCGGCUAGCUGAGAGAGCAGCUGUGGAAGGAUAUGAUAAAGUUAUACAAGAAAUGACCCUGGCUGAAUUGAAUAAUUACACAGAGUACAAGGUUGGAUCGCAUUGCUUUUUCCGCCUUUAUUUUAUUACGGUCAAACUUAUUAAUUUCCUCUGUGCACUAAUCCCCGAGCCGACGGCGCGAAACGCCGUGGGAGGGUACUAAUUCCCCCCGGCUAUUUACACCCGGGGAAACGAAAGCAUUAGUGAAGUCUAAAGUUCACCAAUGAUCGCGGGCGUGGUUCACUGUGCGUGGGUGGUCAUCCUCACUGAUCUCAAAAAUAUGGCGGACUGUCAUGAAUAGCGAACACUGUGAUUGGUCCAAUUUAAAGUUUGCAUUAUAACGACUGCAUGACGACAGCCAAAUAGCAAACAUUUCUUGAUUUGAUGAUUGAUAAAUUUCUUGCAAAUAUAUUUAAAUUUUGCUCGCAUUUUUGCAAGAUUUUGUAAAUUUCAAGAAAGAAAUGGCGAAAGAAUCGUCUAAAAGAAGGGAGCCGACGUUAACGAAGGUGAGUUUGUUUUAAAUAUUGAUUUUAUAAUUGCUUUAAAACCCGACGGCCUUUGCGUAUAUGAAACAACUAAACAAGACAGCAUAUCGGGCCUCAUUUUAGUGUAUCUUUAAUAUUGAUUCCCUUUUUUGUUAUAUUGAAUUUUUUUAAAUAAACUGAAAGAAAGCAAAGUUAUUUGCAUGCGAGAAUUUUAAAUCAUUUUAUUGCAAACUCAAAGUUUAUCGAUAAAGCCAUUUAAUUAAAGAAUAAAGCAGUUUAGUUUUAUAAAGAACACUUUAAAACGUUUUGCGAUGCGUUUGUGGUUGAAUUUUACCUUAAAUUGAAGAUUAUAUUACGUAUAAUAUCAUACCUAACAUAUAUAUGUUGGAAAAUUGAUAAUUUUGUAAUUAAAAGUGAUAUUUUUAAGCGAUUUUUCAUUUGUAAGAAUAUUUUCAUUUUUGCUCGCAUUUUUGCAAGAUUUUGUAAAUUUCAAGAAAGAAAGGGCGAAAGAAUCGGCUAAAAGAAGGAAGCCGACGUUAACGAAGGUAAGUUUGUUUUAAAUAUUGAUUUUAUAAUUGCUUUAAACUAACCCGACGGCCUUUGCGUAUAUGAAACAACUAAACAAGACAGCAUAAAAGUUCAGUGUAUCUUUAAUAUUAAUUCCCUUUUUUAUUACGGAAUUUUUAAAUAAAAAAGAAAGCAAAAUUAUUUGCAUGUGAGAAUUUGAAAUCAUUUUAUUGCAAACUCAAAGUUUAUCGAUAAAGCCAUUUUAAUUAAAACUCGAAUUAAAGGCAGUUUAGUUUUAUAAAGAACUACACUUUAUUCUUUAAAACGUUUUGCGAAGCGUUUGUGGUUGAAUUUUACCUUAAAUUGAAGCUUAUAUUACGUAUAAUAUCAUACCUAACAUAUAUAUGUUGGGAAAUUGAUAAUUUUGUAAUUAAAAGUGAUAUUUUUAGGCGAUUUUUCAUUUGUUAGAAUAUUCUUAAAAAAUUAUCGUGUUACCAUGACAACUACUUUAGAUACUUCAUGUUCGGAAAAUACAAUGGUUUUGUCAGCAAGGCGAGGGUUUCUGCAUGCAUGUAUUUUCUAGUUUGUAAUAAAGUCAUCGUAUAUGAGGUAUUCUGCAAUCUGAUUGGUUGAGCUACUCGCCGUACAUUUUAUAACUUAUUGGAUCCUUCUGAGCCCAAUAUGGCAAAAUAUUAAACUAAUAUAAACUUAAAAUAACAACAUAUUAAUAUUGAAGUCGAGACAAUAUUAGUUGAACUUAGUUCUAAACUAUUAUUUCAAGAGGUCCAGUAAGGCGGUGUUUAAUUAAAGUCAACCUGGAAGCGUCCUUCAAAUUAUGCAACCUUGCAUCUGUAUAUGUAUAUAGUACUGUUCCAACUACCAUGCACGUUAUUGUUUGUAAAAUUAUUUAGUUCAACUGGACAACAUAUAUCAACGAAGCAUUGAGUGUGGCAGGAAAGUCAAUUGACCAGGAUCAAAAAUUGUUGGUUGCUUUGCCAGAAGAUAUUAAAAAUAUUGUGAACCUCAUGAGUACAACUCCUAAAAGGUGCAGACGAAAAAUUGAUAAAGUUGUAAAACUACCAUUGAUUGUCAAAGUAUCAAAAUAACAGAAAAACAUAUGUUAGUAUACACUCAACUUCCAUUGGACCUCCUAUGGAAGUAAUUAGAAAGUUUAAGCUUUGGUCAAGCCGAGCGAAGAAAAAUUGUAGUAUUGUACACUAGUACUACAAUACCAUAAAGAGUUAAUGAACAUGCAUCUUACUUUAAAAUUGUAAUGAAUAAUGAUUUUUCAGUAUAUAAGAAAGAAAAUACGAAGCGAGGAAAUUCAAUUGAUUGAAAUACAUAGGCCAUUUCAUAAUUUUUAGCCGACUAUUCUUUCCGGCUUUACUGUAGCCUUAAGAAACUUAAAACAAAUGGUCUUUCAGAUUAAGUGAAUUUUAAAAACACUUCAUCAAUAAAAAGCAAAGUUACUGACGAGUGAGAGGCAAGUUCGGCAAAAACCCCGCGGAGAAACACCAACAAACUUUUGUUUUUCUGGACUAUGUAUUAGGGAUUUGAACUAAACACAGAACAAUUUGGACUGCAGUUGAAUCUUACCUUUUUAUUUAGUUUUUAACUCAUAAGUAGAGUAUUUACCACUAAAUAUGAGCAUUCACGUACAAAAAUUGAAAAACAUCGAUCGAAAAAUCUUAUUCAUUUUUCAACUUCAGCGAAGCCCACACAAUAGAUGGUAUAAAAAUACCAUCUAUUGGUUUCCGUGUUGGCCUUACCCAAUCAUAGAUAAUUAAGGGCCUUUUAUCUGGAGUUAUCGUCCCAGUAUUUAUAAAGUUUCCUGACGCUGAACUAUAUGAGGGUCACUGAGCAUAACUUUGCAGUUGAUCCAUAUUAUCCUAAAAGUACCUUCAAAACGGCGCACGUGCUUAAGCUUAUACGUUCGGUUUCGGGUCACCUAUGGAAAUUCGAGUUUAUGACACCUAAAACCGGUAAGUCUAAAUCAGAAAAUUUGCAUUGUAAACCUCCACUGCACCUACGCCCAUCCGGGUAAUUAUUAGACUUGAGUCAGUCGGAACAUGGUCAAAGUACCUAACCUAAUUGAGGCAUGCAUACGACUUGACCUAUAGCAUCUGAAUUUCAGGCCACCUCAUAUAUGCUUGACCUGAAGUCGAGGUCUUAGAGAAGUUCUAUAUAGAGCGCUUGCACUUCAAAUCUGACUGUUUUAUGUGGGUAAUCAAGAUUUACCCAGUUAGGUCAAGCUGUAAAAGGAGCAUUACGGACAUGCUUCUUUUGAAAAGUGUUACAUUUCAUUAUUUUUCUUUGUAGCUUGCUAGCCAGUGAAAUAAUUUGGAAUGUCAUAAAGGGAAUGAUUACUGCAAUGCCAAAGGAAUUCAGGGAAGCAAAAAGCGAGUUUAGUCGAAUUGUUUCAGGGAGAGAGACACCCACUCCGAGAUGGAGAAAGUGUGGGGACGCAACGAAUAAGAAUUUUGAAUAUGCCACAACACUGCUUUAUGCAGAUAGAUAUCUGUCUGAAGAGGCCAGGCAAAGAGUGAGUGCAUCAAGUAUUGCUGUGCAUGAUAGAAAGAUGUGCUAAACAUGAGAGAUGAUUAGACUUAUUUAUCAUAGAAGAAUAGACUAUAAAUUAUGGUGAAUAGAUUGUAGGCGAAAAAUGGAUUUACUGUCGUUCCAAUUGAAGUGUUGCUCAAAUAUUAAUUCAAUACAUUACCUCAGGUGACCAAUUCAUUUCAUCAAGUUCCUCGAGAUAUUCAUACACUUCCUAGUAUAAUUGUAAACUUCUUGUUGAAUAGUUUGAAUGCACCAAUCACCUUUGUUGUUUGUGCAACUAACCAAUCAUAAAUAGAAAGGAAGUGACCAGAAAUGAUCAAAUACUUGGAAUUGGCUCUUUCACAGGAAGUGUAUGAAUAUCUCGAGGAACUUGAUCAAAUGAAUUGGUCAGCCCGAGGUAAUGUAUUGAAUCAAUAUUUGAGCAACACUUCAAUUGGAAUGACAGUAAAUUUAUGACAAGACCAUAGAGGGCAGGUGAAUAGACCAUAAAAGAAUAUAUGCUACGUGAGUAGAAUAUAGAUGAUAGAUUAAAUUAAUAGACUAUAUAGAUGAUGGAUGAAUAGACUAUACAUUAUAGAUGAAUACAGUAGACGAUAUGUGUGAAAAAUAAUGGAUGCUAUAUACUAUGGUAGAUUGAAAAAAGAUCAUCAUAAGUGCCAUGAAUAACUAGUGGAUAUAAAAUCAGGCAUAUGUUCGGUCGCUAAUAUGGUUAAAGUAAACCGUUUUCAUGCUAUAUAUUCUUUUUAAAAUUUCAGGCCGAAGACUUGUUCGCUGAAAUAAGAAGCCAGUUUAUCCAAGGAUUAGAAGAACAACAUUGGAUGGACAACGCAACCCGCGAUCAGGCUCGUAUUAAGGUGAGAGGAACGUUACACUACGCUCUUCCGACAAACAUACCCUAACGGUUCUUGUGGAAGCAGGGCCGUAGCUAGACCGAUAAUUGGGGGGGAGGUUGCAUAUUCAUAGAUUGUUUAUACGGCAUGUGAACAUAAAUAUAUGAAUAUACAUCCCGCCCCCAAUUAUCGCGUCAAGCUACGGCCCUGUGUGGAAAAGCAAGGUGCUCAAGAUUUGAAGUAAAUUUCAAUGGGGCCUUGAUUAAUCUUACGUACUCAAGCACUUCAAACCAACUUUGAUAUUGCUAUUAAUAUGUAUUAUUAGGUGUAGCUUUACAUCAAAAUGUUACCACUACAGCCUGUAUCAUCCAAGAGGAGUCAUCUGUACUGCCUUAACUCCUCUUAAAUGACUGUUGUCGCCAUGUCCAAAUUGAAAUGACUCCCUUACGGUUAGUUGGACUAUAUAAUUCAUCAUAUUUGUAAAUGUGUUGUUUCUCGUCUUAAUUUUUCUUCAGUUAAAUACCAUGAAAGAGAGUGUUGGUUAUCCAGCAUUUAUAAAGGACAAGGUGGUAUUGGACAAAAUGUAUGAUACG